AUGUAUACUGUCCUUAGUGGUGGGGGAUCUUCUGAUGAUGAAGGUGGGAUAUUAUAGGUACGACACUUAUGAAGAAUAAUUUGUAAUGUAAAUAAUCAAUUAUGAAUUUGUUAUAGUGGAGGGGGAUAAUAUAAUAGAAUAGGUGUUAAGUUUGGUGAAUGGUGUGUGUUGGAUUAAAAAAGUUUUAUUGUGAGAAUCUAAUAAUUCAUAGUGCCGAAUACAAAAAUGGUAAAAAAAUUGGAUGUUGGAAUUUAUAUAAGCUCUAUAAUGGCACUAAUUGUACAAUGUAAAUAUCUUAUACUAAAUUGUGGCAGCGGUGGUGGAGAAUAUGAAAGUAAUGGUGAUGAAGUUAAGAUUGGCAUUUGGAAGGAGAAAGUUUUCAAAUUUGGACCUGAUUUAUUUUUGAAUUACAUAGGCCUAUAUAAAAUAGUAAAAAAGUUGGUAAUUUAGAGAUUAUGGCCUGGCGAAUAUACAAAAUGUAAAUUAUUGUAUAAAAAUGGUUCUUAGUGGUGGUUGAUCAUAUGAUUACAAGAAAAAGGUGUAGUGGAAAGAGUUGGAUGGCUAGUUUACUAAGAAAAAUUUUGCUUCUUCAAGGUGAAUUUGAUCCACAUAGUAAAAAUUGGAGCAUGGUUGUAAGUGAAUUAGGAUUAUCAAAAAGAAAUAAAAAUACACAGAAAAAUCAAAUAUAUAAUUGA